GUUCAUUAACGUUAGAUUUUCUAAUGAUAUCUACUAGGAAUAACGUAACCGUACCUCGAGUGGGGUUGGGGAUACAGCAAGUUCGUUAUAAAAGAAAAUUGGCCUAUCCUCUCUAUAAGCAUAACGUACCCAAACAAUCUAGUGAUAAAAAAGAUCAUUCAACAUUCUUUCAAAGAGCUAUUAAAAGUUGGUUAGGACCUAAAAAUAUUAAGGGAGAAUAUUAUAGAAAUAAAUAUUACUAUCCACCUCAAAAUCAUAAACCAAAUUAUAUUAUUCCAGAUGGGAAUUCUGUGGUUGGAAAGAGCAACAACUCAUCGUCCCCAUUUUUAACUGAAGAUCGAAGAAGAGAUUCAUCAUUACAUCCAUUUCCUCAAAAUAUAUAUUGUAAAACUGCCAGUGUAAUUCCUGAUGAAUUAAAGAGUAAAAUAGUUGAAGAAGUUAAAAAGAAUGGACUUGCUGCUGAAGAAGUAGCUCAUAAAUAUGGUAUAAAAUUAGGAAGAAUUGAAGCUAUUCUUAAAUUACAAUCCAUUGAAACACGUUGGGAUGAACAAAAUAAAGUAUCACAGGAUUUAAGUAAAUUCUCAGAAGUUAUGUAUAAAAUGUUCCCAUUAUAUCAACCACCGGUUGGAAGUGAUAAUUUAACAGAAAUUCCUACACCUCAUAAGACUUUACAUCAAAGAUUCUUAACUAUUGCUGAAUCUGAACCUUUUGGUCCAGUUGAUGCUGCCAAAAUUUUGGAUUUACCUGUAGCUAGUGAAACUUUAGCUAAAUUAUCAGAAGUUAAUUCUGAUGAAGAAACUAAAGCUGUUCAUAAUGAAGUAGUUGUUGGUAUUGAAAAGAAAGAUGAUAGAACUGCAUUUAAAUUUACCAAGUCUAAUGUUGGAUCAGUUGGAUACCGUUAUGGUGCUUCCAGAAGAGAUCAAAAGAAAGACAGACGUGUUGGUUUCGAUUCUGCAGGUAAUAUGGUUUAUAUUUAAAUUAUACCAAAUUGUACAUAGACAUUAUUAACGUAAAUAUAUCAAUGAAUUAUAAAAUUGAAAAUUAUGCAAAUUAUGAAAUAUAUGUAAAAUGUGAAAAAUUUCAGGCAAAAAUGUCGUCUAUGUCGGCAAUUUUGAACCCGCAAAAAUCGAUCCCAAUGUCGCACACCAAAAAAUGUGUUGACACGUCUGAUUUUCAGUUUUCUUUCUUUGAUC